AUGUACAGCUUCUCCUAUGAGCCUACUAGCAAGAUCCUACUAGGACGCUGGUUCAGUCAAGGUGUCCUGCAGAGUGACUACGGUCUCCAGCUCGACUCACUUGCUUUGUGUGUCUUCCUCCCCGUCGGGGUAGUCACUGUCUGUGUCUUGCUCUAUGCUGUCGAGUACAUGCAGGGAGACGCCCACAGGAACCGCUUCUACAUCACCCUCAGCAUGUUCGCCGUCUUCAUGAGCAUCCUCGUGCUCAGUGACAACUACAUCAUGCUGUUCAUAGGUUGAGAGUUCGUGGGAGUCAUCUCCUACUUGCUCAUCUCCUUCUGGUCUACCCGUGUACAAGCCAUGAAGGCAGCCCUCUCGGCUAUUCUGCUGAACCGUCUAGGUGACACCUUCUUCGUUGUCGCGUUGGCUACUUUCAUUACGGCCUUCCAGAGCUUCAACUUUAGCACCAUCGCACUCCUCGUGCCUUACACUCAGACUGACCUCCUCACUGUCAUAGGCAUCUUGCUAGUGGUAGCUGCCACCGCCAAGAGCGCCCAGCUAGGCCUACAUGCUUGACUACUAUCAGCCAUGGAAGGGCCUACGCCAGUCAGCGCUCUACUGCAUGCUGCUACCAUGGUCUGUGCCGGUGUCUUCGUACUGGCUCGGUCAGCCUUCCUGUUAGAGUACACCCCCACCGUUCUGUUGGGGAUCCUCUGACUGGGAGGUGUAACCACUCUCGUCAGUGGUCUCAUGGCUACAGUGUGCAACGACAUCAAGAAGGUCAUCGCCCUCUCUACCAUGUCCCAGUUGAGUAUGAUGAUGCUAGCCAUAGGUCUCAGCGCCUAUGACCUGGCCGUCUACCACCUCUACUGUCACGCCUUCUUCAAAGCCCUCCUGUUCAUGGCGGCAGGGUCGAUCAUCCACAGCUAUGGGUCCGAGAGCCAGGACCUGAGGGUGUAUGGAGGACUACGAGCCUACCUACCCUUUAGCUACACCGCUAUGCUCAUAGCGUCACUGUCUCUCAUGGCCAUCCCAGGGCUGAGUGGGUACUACUCCAAGGACAUCAUCAUCGAGUCACUGUAUGGGUCGUACCGUCUCAGCGGGUACUUGGUCUACUACCUGGCCGUGGCAUCGGCUACGCUUACAUCGGUGUACUCGGUGAGGGUUCUCUACCUGACGUUCUACAACCAGCCUAGCACUAGCAAGGCACAGGUAGGGAAGGUGCAUGAGUCAUGAGGACUGAUGAUCCCUAUGAUCGUGCUAGUCCUCUAUAGCAUCAGCUUAGGGUACUACAGGGACGGUGUGAUCCACCACAUCGGCAUGACCCUACCGUCCAACACGAGCUGGAUCGAGACUGAGAUGACGCUACCAGUGUGAGUCAAGGUCUUACCUCUCUGCUUGGGAGUAGGGAUGUCAAGCAUAGUUGUCUAUGUGUACGAGUACGCUUACCGACUGAUGACCCACAGUGUCUACGUCUACCUAGUACAACGGUACUACUGAGACCAGCUGAUGAACAGCUUGGUGAUCCGGAAGAGCUUGAGACUAGGAGGGAGACUGUGAGAGUACACGGACAGCGGGCUACUACGAGUGCUGGGUAGCACUGGGAUAGGACGUCUACUGCUCUACCUACCAGUUGCUGGCCUGUUCAACCUCAUCGUACUGUUAGGCAGCUAA